GGUGCCGGUGCAUUCCAGCGGCGACAGCAGCCUGGCGAACGACGUACUGGAGGAGUGGGACGUCAGCCUGGUGACCGACUUCUCGCAACUGUUUCUCAACUCGGGGCGCGUGAAUUUCCCCCUGAAAAACUGGAACACCGGCAACGCCAAGUCCUUCCAAGGGAUGUUCGAUUCCGCGCUCGCGAUCAACCCGGACGUGGCUGCCUGGCAGACGGGGCGGGUGACGGAUUUCAGCGACAUGUUUCGCCGCACGCUGGAGGCGCAGCCGAGCACGGGAUUGUGGGACACGAAGCGGGCGC